AUGAAUACGCAAGAUGUUAAGAAUAUUACUAACAUAGAAGAGUUACUUUUUUUUUAUGAUUCCUUAAUAAAUGAUGGAUAUGUUAUUACAAUCGUGGGAGUCAAAAAUGCAUUAAAAUUGCCUUCUGAUUUAUCGCAAAAAUUUAUGCACUAUUAUUUUGAACAUAGAAAAGAUCAAUUAGCUGUUACAUAUUUAGUUGAGGGAUAUAAAAAAGACAAUAAUGAAUAUGUUUGUUCCAUUUUGAAUGAUAAGGAAGUUUUAGAAAUGCAAAAAGAACAAAAUAAUUAUUCUAUUAAAAUUUAUAGCAUACAAUCAAAUAAAAACAGAGUAGAUUUAUCAAUAUUGUGGAAACAAGAAUUAAAUGAAUUAAAUAAACUAUUUGAAAAGAUUGAUUUAAAAAGUCAAUUAUUAAUUCCCCAAUUUUCUGAUAUUAUAUUAGAUGAUUUAAAAGUAAAGAAUCGAGAACAUAAUUUAGAUUCACAACAAAGUUUUUUUCAAAAUGGUAAAGUCAAAGAUGACAGAAAAAUACUAAUUAAAGAAAUAAAUCAUAAUGAAAAUAAAGACGUUAAUGGUGUAAAUAAGAAUAUGCACAUUAUAGAAAAAAAUCAUAGAGAAGAUAGAAUUGAUGAUAGAAACAUAGCAAUGUGUAUUAAAAAGGAUCCUAUGGAAGAUAAAGAAGAUCAUAAUGAAAAUGAACAAAUAAAAACAUGUUCUAAAAAUAACAAUUCAGAAUUUAUAAAUUCGUUUAAUACUGAAAAUAUAAAUUUAAAUAAUGAUGCUAAAAAGUUUAAACAUAUUUCAAAUAUAUUUCACAAAAGCAAGUUUGAUGAUGAUAAUACCAUUAAAAUAAAAAGAGAAAACCUAAUAAUUGAUUCAGAGAAUAAUGAAAUAGAUAAAUCUAUAAAUGAAGAUAAUAAAAAAUCUAUAAAUAAACUUAAACGUAAUAAAAGUAAAAAUGAAGCAGUUUCUAAAGAUAUUUCAAUUAAAAAAGCAGAAAAAAAAAUAGAUGAACCAAACAAAAAUAAAAUUGAAAAGAAAUUAAAGCAAACAAAGUUGGAAAUUGUAAAAAAUGAUUCUAAAUCAAAAUUGUUUCAAUCUGAUUCUAGUGAUGAUGAUACUGGAAAUAAAGAUUCAGAAGAAAAUGAAGAACCUUUGAAAACAUUUCCAAAAAUUAAAUCGAUAAAAGAAACGCAAAUGUUUUACGAAAAUGGAUAUUUGGUAACAGUCGACAAAGAUUCUUAUAUUCAUGUAGAUAACCCAGAAUCAAAUGAAAAUGAAUCUGAAAAAGUUAUCAAAGGCACUACACCAUCAAAUACUAAAAAGAGAAAAAAUCUUCAUCAAACAUUAUUGACGAAUUUUUUUAAAAAGAAAAAGUAA